CGGAGCUCGAGCAUGGCCGGUGGCGCUCUCCAGGCGGCCCUCGCCGCCGCGCUACUACUCGCCGGCUGCGGAGGACGCUGCCCCGCCGGCGUCGAUGGUCACGGAGGCGGCGGCGGUGGCGGCGCGCCGUCGUCCGCCGCGCUGGCCGGAGAUGACCAGCGGCAGCUGAAGCUGGACGCCGUCAGGCACCAGAUCCUCUCCAAGCUGAGCCUACGCGAGCGGCCACCCCAGCGUCGGGAGUCCGCGCCGCCGCUAGCCCGCGAACUGGCCCUCGAGGCACUGCGCAGGGUGCAUCUGCUGCCCGAACCACGCGCGCUCGAGGACCAAGGGGCGCCCGACCCGAGGCAGGAGGACGACUACUACGGACGCACGGCCGAGAUCAUCGCCUUCGCCGAACCCGGUCAGUUUUUAUUUCCGUCCCCUCCCCGCGCCCAUCAUCUAUGCAUCUUGUUAUUUAUUUUCCUUCCACUUUCGGGACCUCGUUUUCUCCCGCAAGAACGUUCUUCCUCGCGCUCCUCCUCUCCCCUCGCUUCUCUCCCACCCCAACGUCACAGUCACGCAAGACGUCCGUUACCGCAUCUGUCCCGCCGUUGA